AUGCACAAAGCAAUCAUUGCCGGCGCGGCCCUAAUUGCCUUCUCUAUGAUUCCCACCUGCCCAGCACCAAUUGGUCUUAUUGUCACUGGUCUUGCGGCCCCCCUUAUCGGGGGCUUGACUUAUAUUGGGAUCAACUCGGAAACCACCCCAUAUGGGUAUUCCGGAAAAAGAGAUCUCAAGUUCCCUCGUGCCUUUGGGUACCCUGGUGUAUCGCAAGAUGCCUAUAAUCAGUGCAAGAGCUCAACCAAGGGCAUAAAUGUCCAUGUCCAGCAAACAGCUGAAAACAGCUUCAAGAUCAUUGGUGUCUCUCCUGAGUGUAUGAACCUGGCCACUUUCUUCACUUCGAACAAGGGCGCUCCCUAUCCCUGUUCCAAUAAUUGCCUCCAGUACAACAACUUGACUGCUGCGGACACGAAGAAGCUCAAGGAUACCGUCCAGAGCCUUCUCAAGUGA